AUGCUCGUGGCAACCACAAGGUACCAGGAUGGUUGUGCUGACAGCACAAGACUGGACGUUCACAUCACGAACAUGGGCAGUAACUCUGCCUUGCCAGGUUAUUCUGAGGCGGCUCAGAAUCUGAAUUUGCAGACGCUUGGGCCGAAGUUGGCGGACCCUCUCUUCCAGCAGGUGCUAUCAGUACUGGGCGGCACUGUGGCCAACGUACGGGCUGCUGGGCGCCGGCACCUCUUCGCGCUCCCGAAUUGCUGGGAGCUGUUCGGUGCAGAUCUCCUGGUUGACAGCAAAGGUUCUGUCCUGCUGCUGGAGAUCAAUCCUUCGCCUUCCUUGGCAAUGUACGGGGAAGGUUCGUCUCUGCACGGCCUAGUUGGACCAGAUCCAUUCAAGGGCCUUCCCAAGGAGUGGCGACUGCUGCGGACGGGCUGA